AUCACGUGGUAUUUUGCAAUUCCUUGCCCCUUUCAAAGCUGUGAGAUUGGCCAUGAGGGUUACUGUAUAUAUAACUUUGGUCAUCGAUCUGUUUAUCCUGACUAAUGCUGCUCAAAUCCAUCAACUUCUUCAUGAUGGACUCUGUCUUUGUGUGGCCGAUUCGGAUGUUUACGCACGGACUGGACCUGGUCCCCAGUACCUGGUAGCCGGAACAUUACAGGCGAACGAGUGUUUCGUCUCCAAUGGAGGGCUCUCCCAUGAGGGGUAUGAGGAAGGACAAUCCUGGUAUGAACUUAAAGAGAUCAAGGGACAGAUUGCCUGGGUAGACGGCUUUCACCUACGCGCUAAGAAUGCUACUUCCUGUCCAAACACUGGGGCUGUUGUCCUCACAGGUGCACAAAAUAUUCCAACGUGCUUGACACAUGAAGGGUUGUUCCAAGAAGGUGAUAUGGUCCAUCAGGGUGGUCACAUGUGUCGAUGCCAUAACUCACAGCUUGUUUGUCCCCACACACUCGUCGGCUAAAUGGUUGUGAAUAUGCUGAUUCUUAUUUUACUAAACACAUACAACUGUUCACGCAUUAAAAAUGCUUCAUAUGUAAAUUA